CAGCUGGGGAGCGGAUCGCAAGCCACAGUGAUACUGCUGCAGUGAACGGAUAAGCAUCACAUCACUUAACACCGCUUUGCUUUAAAUCGGAUUUCCAGCUGCCUCGAUUAUUAGGUGGUACCGGACCCAGGAGCCAAUGGGAGACUGAAUGUGCAUGCCGAAGGCUAUGAGGUUGGACGCAUCCCUCUGACCAAAGACCCAGAAGAAAGAGACAGAGUGGCAGACUGAACCCGGGAUUGCAGUGCACUGAAUACAAUGAGAACUUACCUCCUGCUCCUGCUGUGGGCCCACCUCUCCCACCACGGGGACGCCAAGGCCUUUUUCAAAAGGACUACAGGGGACCUGUUAAAGGGGACUCCGGGACUGGAGGGGGGCGACAGAGUGGCCCUCAGGCGCUCCAAACGGGGAUGGAUGUGGAACCAGUUCUUUUUGCUGGAAGAGUACACCGGAACCGAUUACCAGUAUGUCGGAAAGCUCCAUUCUGACCAGGACAGGGGGGACGGCACUGUCAAGUACGUCCUCAAUGGGGACGGGGCCGGCAGCCUGUUCCUGAUUGACGAAAACUCAGGCGACAUCCACGCCACCAAGAGGCUGGACAGAGAGGAGAAGGCCUUCUACACACUCCGCGCCCAGGCAGUCAACAAAAGGACGGGCCGGCCGCUGGAGCCCGAGUCCGAGUUCAUCAUCAAAAUUCACGACAUCAACGACAACGAGCCAAAGUUCACCAAGGAGGUCUACACCGCCACCGUCCCAGAAAUGUCAGAUACCGGCACAUCUGUCAUACAGGUAACGGCCACCGACGCAGACGACGCCACCUACGGCAACAGUGCGAGGGUGGUCUAUAGCAUCCUGCAGGGGCAGCCUUACUUCUCCGUGGAGUCCGCAACAGGAAUCAUUAGGACAGCCCUCCCCAACAUGAACAGGGAAAAUCGGGAGCAUUACCAGGUGGUGAUCCAGGCCAAAGACAUGGCGGGCCAGAUGGGCGGCCUAUCCGGGACCACCACAGUCAACAUCACCCUGACGGAUGUCAACAACAGCCCCCCGCGUUUCCCUAAGGACGUGUACCACUUCAGCGUCCCCGAGUCCACAGAGGUGGGGUCCCCCAUGGGCCGGCUGAAGGCCACCGACGCCGACGUGGGCCUGAACGCCGAGAUGGACUACAGCAUCAUCGGCGGUGAUGGCCUGGAUGUGUUUGAGAUUGUGACGAACCGGAGCACGCAGGAGGGCGUCAUUAUGGUGAAAAAGCCGCUGGACUACGAGAGGAAGAAGGCAUACGUGCUGAAGGUGCAGGUGGAGAACACUCACCUGGACGUGCGGUUCCUCAGCCUGGGGCCCUUCAAGGACACGGCGACGGUGAAGAUCGGCGUGGAGGACGUGGACGAGCCGCCCCUCUUUGACCGGGGCAGCUACGUGAUGGAUGUGAAGGAGGACGCCAGCGAGGGGGCUGUCGUCGGAUCAGUGAGCGCCACGGACCCCGACGCCAGCCGCAGCCCCAUCAGGUACUCGAUCGACCGGCGCACGGACAUGGACCGGCUCUUCAACAUUCACCCGGGCAACGGCAGCAUCUUCACCCUGAAGCCUCUGGACCGCGAGGAGAGCGCCUGGCACAACCUGUCCAUCAUUGCCACGGAGUUCAACAACCCCAUACAGAUGAGCCGAGUGCCCGUCUACAUCCGGGUGCUGGACGUCAACGACAACGCCCCCACGUUUGCCACCUUCUACGAGACGUUUGUGUGUGAAAACGCGAAGGCAGGACAGAGGAUACAGACUGUCAGUGCCACGGACGCCGACGAGCCGCUCGGAGGACACAAGUUCUUCUUCAGCCUGGCGCCGGAGGCCUCAGUGAGAGCCAACUUCACCGUCCGGGACAACAGAGACAACACAGCUGGCAUCCUGACGCGACGCAGCGGGUUCAACCGCGCACAGAAGAGCAGCUACCUGGUUCCCGUGGUGAUCUCAGACGGGGACUUCCCCAUGCAGAGCAGCACCAGCACGCUGACGGUGCGCGUGUGCAGCUGCGACCGUGACGGGAACAUGAAGCUGUGCAGCGCUGAGGCCUACACGCUGUCGGCGGGGCUCAGCACCGGCGCCCUGGUGGCCAUCCUGCUCUGCGUCCUCAUCCUGCUCAUGAUCGUGGUUCUUUUCGCUGCCCUGCGGAGGCAGAAGAAGAAGGAGCCCCUGAUCAUGUCCAAAGAAGAUGUGAGGGACAACGUGGUCAGCUACAACGACGAGGGCGGCGGCGAGGAGGACACGCAGGCCUUUGACAUCGGCACGCUGCGCAACCCAGAGGCCAUCGAGGACAGUAAGCAGAGGCGGGACAUCAUCCCGGAGUCCCUGUGCCCGCCCGCGCGGCGGCCGGCCGCCCCGUCCCGGGACAACGCCGACGUGCGGGACUUCAUCAACCAAAGGCUGCAGGACAACGACACCGACCCCACGGCCCCGCCCUACGACUCGCUGGCCACCUACGCCUACGAGGGCAACGGCUCAGUGGCCGAGUCCCUCAGCUCACUGGAGUCCGCCACCACCGAGGGCGACCAGGACUACAAUUACCUCAGCGAGUGGGGGCCCCGCUUCAAGAAGCUGGCGGACAUGUACGGGGGCGAGGACAGCGACAGGGACUCCUAACGAGGCCAGGGGGCGCAAAGGAGCGAACAAGAGA